CUCAUUCGGCGUUUUUCUGCGAAACUGUGUGGACGUUUUUCAAAGCGGCAACCAAAAACCCAUCAGGCAUUCAACUUUGAAAGCAGAGAUACCUGAAAAAGUUGUCAAGCAAGAGCAAUUUGCACAAAUUUAUAAAAUUUGCAAAUUUUGUUGAAACUACGUGUUUGAUUUUAAUUAACUGAAAGUCGUGUUUACGUACGCGUGCUAUUUGCAAAAUAUAAAACAACACUUUUCGCGCUUCUCUUUGAAAAGUAAUUCUUAAAAGUAAAAUGGCUGAUGUGGCUGACAAAAAGAACGAAACCCCUGUGGUCGAGAAGGUGGCCGCCGAGGAGGUUGAUGCUGUAAAGAAGGACGUCGUUGCCGCCGAGGAAGCAGCAGCUGAAACACCGACCACCACAGAGAACGGUGCCGCCGAAGAGGAGUCGAGCAGCAGUGCCGAGGGCGCCAAGGAGAAUGGCGCUGAGGCGAGCGCUGAAACUGCUGCUGCACCCGCUGCUGCCGACGCAGCUGAUGCCGUCGAUGCUGAGAAGAAGACGGAAAAGGAAGCAGCAGCAGCAGAAAAACCAGCCGCCAAUGAGGAGAAGAAGAAGGGGGAUGCUGAAGAGAAAACAGCUGAGGCAAAGGCAACCAGCGAGACAGCAGCUCCAGCUGUUGAGAAUGGCGCCGAAGAGACAGAGGCAGCUAACGGUGAUUCAAAAGAUGCGCCCGCCGCCGAAGCUGUGAAGCGAAAGGUCGACGAGACAGCCGCCAAAGCCGAUGAGGUCGUUGCCACGCCGGAGAAGAAGGCGAAGUUGGACGAGGCCAGCACAAAGGAUGAAGUUCAAAAUGGUGCCGAAGCCAGCGAAGUGGCUGCCUAAAGUCGAUGUCGUCUUCGUCGUCGUCGUUGUCGCCGCAUACUACAUAUAAAGUACUAACACACACACAAAAUGUGCUCACACACACCCACACACACACACACAUAUAGCACACAAUGCGUGUGUGUGUUUGUGUGUGUGCGCGCACUUCUUUAAUAACAAUCCUGCAAAGGGAGCGUAGUCUUAAACAAAAAA